GACUUUAAUGGAGCUCAAACAUACUAAGUCAUGAGGAGCAUCAUGAAGUUGGACUUGGCUGCAGCUUUGUUUCUGUCCUUUGCUUUUCUAUCGCCAGUGUGGUGUCAGCAGGCUGUAAACUGCAGAUGGGGUUCUUAUGGUCAGUGGUCUGAGUGUGACGGCUGCACCAAGACUAAGGUGCGUACUCGCCAUGUGGAAGUUUAUGCCCAGUUUGGAGGUUCAGCGUGUUCAGGAGAAGCCACUGAAACACAGCCGUGUGUCCCAGAGAAAAGCUGCCCCCUAGAAACAGGCUGUGGAGAAAGGUUCCACUGCACCUCUGGUCAGUGUAUCAGCCAGUCUCUGGUGUGUAACGGAGACCAGGACUGUGAAGACGGUUUGGAUGAGCGAAGCUGCGACCAGGACAACGAUCAAUACUCAUGUGACCUCGAUAAAAAGCCUCCCAACUCCGACUUCACAGGCCGAGGGUACGACGUGCUGACAGGUAAACUGAGGGCAGGUGUGAUCAACACUCUGAGCUUCAGAGGUCAGUGCAGGAAGGUGUUCAGUGGAGACCAUAAAGCCUUUUACAGACUCCCAGAGAACAUCCUCAGGUAUAACUUUGAGGUGAAAGUGGACAACGAGGAGAGCGAUGAGUCCUACGAGAGCUCCUGGUCCUACAUGCAACACAUCCAGUCCAACGCUUUGUGGGGACACGACCGACGCACCUUUCACAAAGAUCUCACGGAAAAUAAGGCCCACAGAAUCAUAAUCCUGAAGAAUAAAGUGGAGCUGGCCCAGUUUCAGAACUCGGCUCCCCAGUACCUGACUCUCUCCGAAGGCUUCUGGAAGGCCUUGUCCUCGCUGCCCGUCACCUACGACUACUCAGUCUACCGACAACUGCUGCAGAAAUACGGCACUCAUUACCUCUCUGAAGGCUCGCUAGGAGGCGAAUACCAAGCCCUGUUGGAGUUGGACAAGCAGAAGCUCCAAUCAUCCAGUACAACAAAUAUCGAGUACCAGAGGUGCUGGAGGAAAGUGAAGCGACGUCUCUUCUGGAAAAAAGUCAAAACCGUCUGUGAAAAACUGACUAAAUCUUUUGCAUCGAGCGAUGGGCACAGUUCAACCACGAUGCCCAUCAAGGUGAACAUUUUCGGAGGAGAUCCAGCCUUCAUCGCUGGUCUGACUCGUCUGGAUCUGGAAAACCCCGAAGCAAAUGGAGAAAUGUACAAUAACUGGGCGUCGUCUGUCAAAGACUUCCCGGAAGUCAUCGACCAGAAGCUGCGUCCGCUGUACGAGCUGGUGAAGGAGGUUCAGUGUGCAGGCUUAAAGAAGCUCCACCUGAAAAGAGCCACAGAGGAAUACCUGGCCGAGGAGCAUCCCUGCCACUGCCGACCCUGCCAGAACAAUGGCCAGCCGCUGCUCACCGGAUCCGAGUGUCGAUGUGUCUGUCGGCCGGGAACCUCCGGACGAGCCUGCGAAAGAGGAGCUGUGAUUGGAGAGCAACCAGGGGUGGUCCAUGGCAGCUGGAGUUGCUGGUCCUCCUGGGGAUCCUGCUCUGGAGGUCAAAAGUCAAGAACCCGAAGCUGCAACAACCCGACGCCCAGCAGAGGAGGACAACAGUGCAUCGGACCUCAGACCGAGCAGAAGUCCUGUGAGGAUGCAGACAUCCAGUAUCUGCAGACGAUGGAGCCUCAGUGCUUCAGUCUUUCUGUGACUCCACCUAAAACCUGUGGGCCGCCUCGAACCCUCAGGAAUGGAUUUAUUCAGAAUCCCAAAGAUUUCUACCUGGUUGGAAACACAGUGCAGUACUCCUGCAUCAACGGGUUUUACCUCAGUGGAAACGCUGAAGCCAGAUGUGCUGAAAACCAGCAGUGGAGCUCAGAAGCAAUGGUUUGUAAAAGUUCCACAUGUGGACUUCCUCCAAUCAACAGCUUAGUUACAGCCACGCCCACCAAAGCAGCCUAUCAGAUCGGAGACAGCGUGUCCUUGUCCUGUCCAGUCGGGUUGGUUCUGGAGGGUGAAGUAUCUGAGGUUAUAUGCAGCCCCAGUCUGCAGUGGUCUCCAUCUCCUGCUGAUACUCGCUGUAAAGCAGCACCUACAACUCCAUCUCCUCCAGCUGGCCUGAAAUGUAAAGUCUGGGAGAACGUAGGACAAACUGGGUGUGUGUGCAAAAUGCCAUUUCAGUGUUUGACUUCCCUGCAGCUGUGUGCCAGACUGGGCUCCAGUCAGCCCCGUUUGUUGGGCGUUUGUCAGCUCGGAGCGCUGAGAUGUAUGGGAAGGAGCUUUACGUUGGCCAGCGACAGCAACUGUAAGUGGUCAGAUGAGGCGUUUACUUCCUGUGAGGGCUGCAAACCUGGAACUGUCUGUCAAGAAUCGGCCAGACAAUGCGCCUGCCUGAAUGCAUCAGAUUGCCCUGCAGACUCCGCCCCUCUAUGUGUCCGGUCCGGUGACGGUACCGGUUCUAUUACUAUGACUGAAUGUGAGGUUGGAGCCAGACGAUGUGCUGGAGAGCAGAUAAACGUGAUCGGCAUCGAUGCCUGUCCAGAAUAAACAUGGUUGUUGUUCUUUUUCACAAUGCACAUAAGGACAUUUCUCUCUUAAAGCUGAAGUAGGCGAAAAAUUACACACUAAACUUCCUUCAAUCAACCCAUCUAUUGAUUAUACCAGCUUUGUUUAGUAAAUAUAGGCAGGUUUACUCUUUUGAAAUGUCAAUGUGAUGAGUUUUUUUGUCUGUUGGUUGUGCAGACCCAUUCUGCAUGCAAAAUAGAUCACUGUCUAUGAAAAAAAAGUCCAUAUUUUCAAAGAAAUAAGCUUAUUGUCGAACUAAAUUUUACCAAAGUGACUCCAGAUCAGUACGCAAACAUGCCGAAAACGUGACAUUCCUGUUCAACUAAACUGAAUUCUGUUGAGGAAGUUCAGCGAUGUGGAGAGAGUAUGAGGAGGCAGAGACUGGGAGACACAGUGGAAACUCGUGUGACUUGGGUUGUGAGUAAAGUUUACUGAUAUCAGGAGACGUGACACCAACAGAGCAGCAGUACAUGCAAGCAACGCCAGCAUCGGCUCUGAGGGUUCUCUCUGAUCUUUGGGUUUAUAUUGUAGUUGGAAGAAGGUCAGAUUUAUGACCUUAGGAAAGUGGAAAGAGUAUUUUUUCCAUCAAACAUUCUGAGUUCCAUUUUCAAAGAAAUGGAAGGGCCACAAAUUGUGGUAAUGCUCCAUUUUUAUGGCAGUACACAUUCAUAUUACGUCCCUGGUAAUAGCUGCAGAAAUGACUAGAAUACACAUAAAAAAAGAUAUUUACCUGUUAGUUUGAAGAGACUCAAAGGAGAUUUCUUGUCAAUCCUGUAAGGGGCGGGGGGGGGGGGGGGGGGGGGGGCGUUGACAUUGGGUAAAAAUCUGGGACAGAACAGGUCACCAGGUCAUUGCUGGGCUGCUAACAUUUCAUCGUAUUAUAAUAAAAGUAAUGAGAGGAAACUAGACUUCUGCACCUCCUUUUGGCAGAGUUUCCAGGUUUUUUCAGCCAAUCACAGAAACAUAAAGGACAAUAAAGUCCACAGUGAAAGGAAGAACUGAUGGUACAACAGGAUAAACGGAAGAUUUACAAAUUUACAAGGGAAUGGGUUUUGAAUUUUGCCACAAGGGUAUUUUUGUACGUUUGAAAGACAUUCGUGUAUGUAAGUUGCAGAGGAAGAGCUGUAUUUUCAAAUUCUACCGUUUUUUUUAGAUUUUUGCUGACUGCAGCUUUAAUGACUGAACUGUAAAUAGAAACUAACAUUUUUCUAACACUUGUUCUAUUCGUCAUGGAGGAUUAAUGACUGAAGACAUUUCCAUGUAAAAUGAAUGAUUGUUUUUGUUCUAGAAAACUAAUAAAACAUGCUUGUUCUUUU